AUGAGGAAGACACUGCUACUUGUUCUCACCUUGUCAGCGGGGGUUUAUGUUCUGUCUACCAACUUGUUUCGUGAGUACCACUACGUGAACAGCCCCAAGACGUGGGCUGAAGCUCAGCGGUACUGCAGAGAGACGUACGCCGACCUGGCCACCGUGGACAGCCCAGAGGAAAAUGACAGACUGCUCCCUGAACUGCAGGGAUCCGGACAGUUUGCCUGGAUCGGGCUUUACGACAACACAACAGGCUGGAAGUGGACAAUGGGAGAAGAUGACUUUGUCGGCAAAAACAGUUUCCUGCCUUGGCAACCAAAUCAGCCUGAUAACUAUGGCGGCAAGGAGAGCUGCAUAGUGAUGAAUUUAACUGGAGGUUGGCGGGAUGAAAUCUGCAACACAGAGCGCCCUUUUAUCUGCUUUGAUGAACACGGCCCUUCUAAAUAUGUUGUAGUGAGUACAUUCAUGUUUUGGGAAGAUGCGAAGAACUACUGUCGCUCCAAAUACACGGACCUGGUCAGAGUGUGGAACGUGUCUCAGAACAAUGAAAUACACCCACUCAUUGAGAGGAACCACUGGAUCGGCCUAUACAGAGACCUGUGGGCUAACUGGUCUGACCACAGCCCACUGACCUUCACUAACUGGGAGACGGGCCAGCCCGACAACAAAGGCAGCACCAACAUGACUUCCUGUGCUGCCGUGGAUACGAGCACCAGAACGUGGUGGGAUGUUGACUGUAGUGAAGAGCACGAGUUCAUCUGUCAGACUCUGAUUCCAUCCAGUAGGAGGUUGGAGCUGCGCUUCCAGUCUGAGGCCGACCUGACCGACCCAGACGCCCAGCAGCAGAUUUUACAGCAGCUGCAUGCUAAAAUGGAGGCUGAUGGAUUAACAGACUUCAAGCUUCGCUGGAUGGAGAGGGAUGGGCAAAUUUUUCACAAAGAACCAAAGAAAAAAACAUGAGAAACAUUCAGCCUUUUUCAUGCACC